UCCGGGUCCACUAGGCCUCCGCUCUAGCCGCCAAGCUUCUGUUUCUCUACUGCUCCCGUAAUAGUUGCCUGCGCGAGUUUGGAGCCGGGUAGGGGGCGGGCCUUCCGGGACGAGGGCGCGUGGGUGAGGAAGGUCAGGUCCAGGAACUCUAACUCCUUGCCACUCAAGAAAUGUCCUCCCUUUCAGAAUAUGCCUUGCGCAUGUCUCGUCUCAGUGCCCGGCUAUUUGGUGAAGUCGUCAGGCCUACUGAUUCCAAGUCUAUGAAAGUGGUGAAACUGUUUAGUGAACUGCCCUUGGCCAAGAAGAAGGAGACUUAUGACUGGUAUCCAAAUCACCACACUUACACUGAACUCAUGCAGACACUCCGAUUUCUUGGACUCUACAGAGAUGAGCAUCAGGAUUUUAUGGAUGAGCAGAAACGACUAAAGAAGCUUCGUGGAAAGGAGAAACCAAAGAAAGGAGAAGGGAAAAGAGCAUCAAAAAGGAAAUAGUGUUGGUCCCUCAAGAGGGAGAAUUUCCUCCUCAGUGGCAGAGAGAAGAAAGUGCAUUUAUUGUCUUUCCACAUAUUGGAGGAAUGUCAUCUUCCUGAAUGAAGGUUAUUUGGAGGAACACAGUCAUCUCCUUGUUGAAAUCUAAUCCGGUUACAUUGUGGCUGAUUUCUUGAACACAUUCUAACUGUGCACAAUUAUUUUGGCCUUGGCCAUGUAAUGUGAGGUUUACCUGAUUCUCUAAUGAAAUAAAUACCUAAGUUAUUGUUUGA